UCCUUUCUGUGUUACACAAAUUAUUUUUGUAGAAGCGUAAACACUUUCCUUCAGGAUUCUGGGAAGAAAAAGAGAGUUUUGCUGAUGGUGUUGGUAUCGUGUUGGUAUCGAAGUCCGAGUAAAAGAAUGUAUUAACUUAUUCGCCAUGUUUUAUAUUGCCACCUGGAACUUUUGCUGACAAGUUCCUGAUGACACGAUAGAGAGGGUAGGCUGCUUAUGUUCAAGUAAAAUGGCUGACCUUUGUCUUGAGGCCCAUGAAAGCAUUUCCACCUUUCCUGGUCUCGCUGAACAAAGAUUUGGGAUGAAACUUCGCCCAGUAAAAAACUGAAAACAGUCCACCAAGUUGAUUUCUAAACAUCUUUCAUACGAAGGCAAAGAUUUGGAUGCAUCAUGUCUUUCCACUACAAUAAUGAAGCCUUUGAAAACCCAGACUAUCACCACUCUGAAACGCUAGAGAUUGACAGAACAAGACCCUCUCAGAGGAGCACUUCUUUUCGUUUUAAUCCUUACGGCGCCUCUCCCUACGAAUCCGAUGUUGAUUACGACAACGCGGAAGAACAAGGACGAAGCUCGUUUGUGCUGAUGCCUAUGAGCUUGAUGCAGACUCCAUCUGAUGAUGAUGAAUACAGGCGGACAGAUUUUGUGCCUGAGAUGUCCAGUGCAAAUCCAUAUGGAAACUCUCAUGUUAAUCCUUCAUUUGAGUAUGAACCAGAAUUAAUACAGAGGUCGCCUGCUGCUAAUAAUCUUCUGAAUGAUCCUUAUGCACAUAGACUGGGUGAUAUGCCUGAUGGAGUUCACUUAAUCCAGAGACGUCACAGGCAAGAAGUUGAUAUGGUCUUCAUGACACCGUCUAGUCUAUUUCGAUCAGACCCAGGAUAUGAAGAGACCAAGAAAAAGGAUGAAGAAAAAUUAAUUGGUGAUCUUGCGGACAUGUCCACCAGUGAAAGAAUCAAAGCAAUCCAGAAGAUUCCAAAGCCUAUGAAAGAAAAGAGAGAGAUCAGGGAUAGCGUACUUAUGGAGAAAACCAGGAAGUCCCACAGGCAGAUUAACUGUUGCUCACAGUGCUUCUACAACACAGCUUUGUCCUUUCGACAGUUUAAAAACGGCUUGUCAGACUGCUUUCAGCUCCUCAAACUUUGGCAGAAGAUUCUAAAAGACAUUGGCGGAAAGUUCGGGACCAGCGUCGGUUCCUAUUUCGUGUUCCUGACGUGGCUCCUGACGUUCAACGUUUUUUCGUUCCUUGUGAACUUCAGUUUUAUUGCGAUCCCUCAGCUCAUAGCAGCGAGAGCAAAUAACCUAUCAUUCCUGGGGCUGGAGUUUUUCACUGGAGCUGGUUAUUUUAGCGACACUGUGCUCUAUUACGGUUUUUACACCAAUACUACCAUCACUGAAAACGAGAGCAACUCUUCAUAUUACAUGCAGCUGGCCUAUAUUUUCACCAUAGGAAUCUAUUUUAUUAUCUGCUUCUUAAGCUUGCUCUACAGCAUGGCAAAGUCCUUCCGCAACAACUUUGCUCAUCCCCAGAUGUACGCUGGAAAUGCUGCCAAACUUCUCUGUGUCUGGGACUUCAGUAUAACUAAUGAGAAAGCUGUGAAGCUGCAACAGAGAAAUCUCAGCACUCAGAUAAAGGAGACCUUGUCGGAAGUGAAUACUGAAUAUCUGAAGCUUUCUCAGCGCCAGAAAAUUAACCGGCUCUUCAUUCACCUGGCGGCCUGGGUUGUGUCGCUGUUAGCGACAGCUGGUUCAUGCGCUGGCAUUUACUACUUCUGCCUCAUUAACUUAAAUUUACUUCUUGACGAGAGUAAAAAUGAGCUGCAAAGGGAAGCUGCUAUGGUGUUGCCCAUUGUGGUGAGCCUACUCAACCAUGGUGUGCCUUUCUUCUACUCCUCCUUUGGCUUUGUUGAAAAAUUCACUUCUCCCCGAAACCAGAUCUACACUGCUAUUGUCAGGAACGUUAUUCUGAAAAUAUCAAUCGUUGGGAUCCUGUGCUACUACUGGCUUAACGAAGUACCUGCGUCAAAGGCAGAGUGCUGGGAAACUCUGGUUGGCCAAGAUAUCUACAGGCUGCUUGUGGCUGAAUUCAUUUGCUGCUUACUGGGAUCUUUUUUUGGAGAAUUUCUGCGGAGAAUCAUUGGGACCAAAUGUUGCAAGAAACUUGGCGUGCCAGAAUUUGACAUUGCUCGAAAUGUUUUGGAUUUAAUCUAUGCACAGACUUUGACAUGGAUUGGUGUCUUCUACUCACCUCUACUUCCAGCCAUUCAAAUGAUAUCAUAUUUCAUAAUCUUCUGGGUGAAAAAGGUGAGUCUGAUGAGGAACUGCCAGCCCCCUCACAAAGCUUGGAGAGCUUCUCAGAUGAACACCCUCUUUGUUUUCCUGCUCUUUUUCCCAUCUUUCACUGGAGUCCUCUCUGUCAUAGCAGUCACCGUCUGGAGGUUGGAGCCUUCUAAGACAUGUGGCCCUUUCCGUGGUUUGGUGACUGUCUUCGAGUCUGUUUCCAGCUGGAUGGGAAUACUCGCCAGUUAUCCCAGUUCGAGAUGGGUUGUGUGGAUUUAUCACAACUUAAUUGAAAGCGUGCAUUUCUUCUUCAUCCUCUCCAUCAUUGUUUUAAUCAUCACCUACCUCUACUGGCAAAUAAUAGAUGGGCGUAAAAUAAUGGUUAAACUUCUGCAAGAGCAGAUCAUCAAUGAAGGUAAAGAUAAAAUGUUCCUGUUGAAGAAAUUACGUGCGCUCCAGGCAUCUAAACUUCAGAAUCGGGGAGAGCAGCCACAGAGGAGUUCAUCUGUGCGCCAGUCAACUAGACAGCAGGUACCUGCACCAUUGCCUAACUCCACUGAAAGCUCUCCAGCAACAGAGGAACGAGACUCUUACUUUGAGCUUGCAAGACCUCAAAUGACCAGCUUCUCUCGUGUUCAUGAGAGUAGCCAUCCAGCCAAGAAUGCUACAGCUUCUGAAGCUCUGGCUCUGGCUUUGAGAGCCAGGCAAGAGGCUGAAUGGGAAAUGGGAGAUGAUGAAAGUUCCUGAAAGUGGAGGAGUGCAAAAUGGACAGAGAAGCACUCUUGAGAAUUUUGCUAUUUGCACUACUGAGGCCUUAGAAGGAUCUGUCUGCACUUUUGAAAAUUGACAAAUGAAGGAUGGUGUUGAAAACCAAGGCUUUUUGCAUCAAAAAAUGUAUUUUUUCACUGGUUGUAAUUUUGCUUUAUUAUAAUUUUGAAAAUAUUGUGAAACAAUUAAAACAGGAUGCAGCUCAUCAACGGAAUCCAGGACAGGAUUGACUACAUAUGGAAAGAUGUGAGAUCAAAUACCUUUUUUGUGGAACUUUCUUACUGGAUUAGUGUAAAUUAUUCUGAUUAAUAACUGCCAAGUACAGGUCUGUAAAUAUUUGUUGUAAUCUUUCUGAAAUGCUUUAUUUUUGCUGUGUUGAUCAGAAUAUUUUUUUACAGAGAUUAGAGGCAUUUAUAAAGAAUGAUAAUGAGA